UUUGAACACAGAUUUUUGUUCUCUGGAGAACCAAAGAAACCGCAACCCCUAGCACAUAAAGGAGCUGAGCUGUUUUAUCGAAGCCAUGUUUUUUGAUGUCAUUGUUAGCUUCUUGAACUAAGGAGAUUCUGAUUUCUUGGAGAGAAGAGACUUCCUGUGAUUGCUUUUAUUUUGGAAUAUGCAGGGCUAGUUUGUGUCCGAAGUUCCAAACACAUGUCACAUACAAACGGAAGUCGCCUGACUCGGAUAUACGCACUUCCUUCCUGUACGGAACGGGACAGGACAGGAAAAGUGGGGAAGUUCCUGUGUUUCGAGUUUAAUGCAAGGAGGCCAUCCUUAUUUUAUCCAUGAUGGGCAGCCCAUUGAUGGCCUAAGUUGUUGAAUUGGGCCACUUCAAAGAGCUAUUUAGGUCAGAACUUCAACGAGACCAUUAGAGUAUUGAGUAGAGAGAGCAGGUAAGCCUAAUCUACUACUUGAUCAAAAGAAUGGUACAGUUGGCAUGCAAAGUUUAGAUAGGGAACUCGACUAACCCACUUCAUUUAACGAUAUAAAUGCAUGAACAAGGCCAGCUCAAGGUGCAAUGGGCAAGGGAUAAUAGCUUUUUUCUUCAAAAUGGCUGGUUUAGAAGUCAUAGACUCCUCGAGGAAAAAACACAUUAGGCAACCACCAUCAGUGCCAUUUCUCUGGGAAGUAAGGCCCGGAGUAGCAAAAAGAGACUGGAAACCUGAGGUUUCUUCGGUUACCCCAGUUCAACUGCCUCCUGUCAAGCUCAUCGCCUCAGUGCCCUUCAACUGGGAGGAAAAGCCUGGGAAACCUCUAUCAUGUUUCUCACAAUCACCAGAAUCAGCAUUUAUAACCCCACAGGCAAAUCUCCUUGCUUUACCAUGGCAUGUUACGUGCUCUCCAGGUGAUGACAAUCACAAGCAAGAGGUUGGUGAUUCUGGUGAGGAGAAUUUUGGAGAUGAACAAGUAAUGUUUAACUCAGAUCUUGAAUCAUUCAGUUUCGAGACACAUGAAUCGUUUAGUUCAGCACAGUCUCUCUUGGCUAAUUGCAUGGUUUCAUCGGUGGCAAUUUCUACUGCUGUUCCGGUGCAAACAACGUCUCAAACAGAUGAUAGCAAUGGCCAGCAGGAAAGCCCAUCAUCGCCAACUUCUGAAACUGAUAGUAGCACAAGCAGCUAUGCAACUGGCGUAUCAAGUCUUGAGGGGGCUGCUUUCUUGGAAUGUCUCUUUCCAUUAUAUACACCCAAAUCUGGUUUUCUAGGAAAGGCUUCCCAUCCCAGAAAGGAAUCUUUUACUCCGGAGCUAAACAGCAGAGAUCUUGAUUAUGAACGUAAUAGCAGUGUCAUAAUAAGGAGACCACUAACGCUUGGUGAACUGAUAAUGAUGAGCCGAAGGAGGAGUUGUCAGAGAAAAGCUGUUCAAAUGAGAAAACAGAAUCCAUCAAUGAAAUUUAUGGACAAGAAAGCUUUUGGAUGCUGCAUCUUUGGAACUAGCAUCAAUAUGAUUGAAGGACUGCAGAGGAAGAUGCGCCAACCAAGACUGAAACUAAUAUAGGGCAUUUGACACUAUGAACCACCCGAAGUUCAUUUCUUUGAUCAGUCCUUUUCAAAUCGUUCUAGCUUUCCACUUCCAGGCAAAUAUGUAAACAAUUUACAGCAUUCGGAAUGUAACCCAAUCUUGAAAAUUGCCAUAACUCCCAAGAUAUCAAAUUGGAAUUUUCCAUU